ACACCCCACAAACCUUCCUUUCCCAGAUUUCCAGCUAAGCCGCGUUUUGGUAUUCAAAAUCAAGUUGUUCUCUUUUUGCAUGUAAAAAUUGAACCUUUAUUCCCUUAUAUUCAGGUCCGAUACAAUAUUUCAGAUUCAAACUCAAAAAAAAAAAAAAAUUCGGAGAAAGAACGCGAAAGAAGCAAUGGUGAUACUGCUGGUGGCAACAACGACCGACCCAGCUUCGAUCAACCCGGCCAAUGCCUUGUUGGCGAAGCCUGGAUGGCAACCCGGACCUCAUUUCCAGGAUGAUAUGAAGACCUUCGUGAAUCAAGGUGCUAGAGUGUUGCUGCAUGGCCAGGGUAUAGUGGAAGAGGAUGAUCUCGACAAGAGGUGGGAAGACAAGACUGGUGAGGUCGUCGAUGAGGUCAUCUUCUUCAGCAAGCACACCGCAGUUUCUAAUAAACCUGCCCUAACCGUUCACCCAAUUGGAGUGCCUCAUUUGCGUGAAGGUGAUGUUCCACCACAAGGUGGGAAACCUGGAUGGGCAGCAAUACCCAGUCCUCGGAUCGGGCCUUGGAUUCGGCAGUUGAAAAAACUUGCUCAAGAUCAUAAUCUGGUCCCCGAAUUCGAGAUUACUUUGGAGGCUACUCAUCAUGGGCCAUUGACAAGCAAGCCAACCAUGUUUCUAGAGAUUGGAAGUACUGAAGACUAUUGGAAGAGGCAGGAUGCUGCUGGAGUUAUGGCUCAGUUGGUCUGGGAAGGAAUCGGACUUGGAGGAGGGGCAGAUAUAGGAAACUGGAACAGGGAGAAUGUUGAGAAGAAAGUCCUUCUCGGGAUAGGUGGUGGACAUUAUGCACCUCGGCAUAUGGAUGUAGUCAUGAAAGGCGAUGUUUGGGUGGGUCACCUACUUUCUGGAUAUUCCUUGCCAAUGGAUGAUCCAAACCAGUCAAAAGGAGGAACAGAUGAGAAAGAGAUUGGUGGGACUUGGAGAGCUUCUAUAACUGCUGCUUAUGAGGCUACUAGAGCUGCUUUUCCUGGUGGCGAAAUUAUUGCCCAUCUUGACCACAAGAGUUUCAAGAGCUGGCAGAAGAACGCCAUAACAGGAUUCCUUGCCCAGAAGAAUAUUAAAAUUGGCAAACCAAAUGACUUCUAUUGAGUUUGAAGGAUGAAAUGCUUAAGAAACAAGAAGUUUCUGCACAGCGCAGGUAAAGGCAGGCUGAAGAUUGUUGCAUGCCCACCUGAUUAGCAAUCAUUUAAGAUGAUUUUAUAGUGAUUAAUGAAGAAGAUGAAGUUUAUCCAGAAAUUCAGGGGUUGUUAAAGCGAGCCAUUUUUGUCAUCUUCGUCAGUUUAUAUUUAAUAGGAGAAGUGAAGAAUGAGUAUAUUCUUCUUAAAUAUAGCUGCAACAUGAAGCCCUCAUUGGGAAUGAAAAAUCUGUUGUACUUGAUUUUACAAUAUAAACUUCUUAUGAUCACACAUAUUUUUAGGGAUGAUAUACUUACACAUGUUUAUACA